AUGGCCCAACAAUUCACUCGCGUUGAGAAGGCUGCACCGAUUUUCCAGAGGUAUGUUCAGCUGAUAAGGGCUUAUUGUUUUUAUUUUUAGGGUCAGCGGGCUUAUCAGAGCCGGACAAUUGAAAUGGGAAGAUCGGCCACUUUGGUUUGACAUCUAUGUUUUAUGUCCACCAGUCACGGAGCCGGUGUGGAAUGUGGAAAUGCCAAAGAAGAAUGAAUGUGUGAGGAAGCUAUUAUAUCCGGAAGACAAUAUUAGAGCGUAUGUGAAAUUUUUGACAAAGAAAGCCGCAUGUGACACACUAACAUUGAAUUAUUACAGUAAAUUCUACAAAACUUAUGGAUCUCCUGGAAUAAUUAAUCUACAUUCUGGAUCGAAGACCAAAACCAUCAGCCAAACAUUCAUCGAAACAUACCAACGACUACAAUCAGAACGAUCUGAGUUGUCGGAAGACCAAUUAUUCGAAGAGACUUCCAAGAUUCUGAUCGAAGAUGGAAUCAAACUCCGGAAAAGAACCCCCAGAAAUUAG